CAGCACAGUGUGAUACAGUAUAUACUGUGAAGGUUCGCACUUAGAAAGCUUAGUAAUACCGGACGUAAAUGUAUGGCGUAGUGGGUCUUUAUAAUUUUUAGUGUUCGUUCACCAUUGUGGAUCCCUUGACUGUAGCUAUUCCCAGCAUAAUUUCCACACAACGAACAAUUCAAAUAGGAGAGCAUAGCACCAACAAAUUCAUACAUAAUAUGCAUAACAUACAAAAACUAUUAGUAUCAAACGAUACGGCAGUUUGCUUUGGGUACCCUAAAAAGGGGCUCAGGGGUAGUAAUUACAUAAGCAGAUCUCGGCUAGUUAUCGAUAGAUAAAAUUUCUCAGUUUCCACACAAUUGAAGCUUUACAACUCUUGAUAUUUGUUCUUCGUGGUUGUGAUCGAGGCGAACAGUCCCAGCACCACCGACGCUCCAAUGCACCUUACCACUGGACUGCGCCUCGCGCGCAUCCAUCCUUCCAUUCGAAGCCAUGGACCUUGGCCAUAUACCCUUACACCUCUCAUCUCAGCGAUUCCCAACCCUCCAAAGAGAUUAGGACCAAGUUCAAGUCUACAUCUGCGACGACUCGCCUCGACUUCAACAACAUCACAGUCGCAACCCAAAAAUGGCGACGCAACCCCUAUACAUUGGCCGCCGAAAUCUGCCGCCGAGCUUAUAUCCUCGACCACGCGCAUAACCUCUCCCCUUCCUCCUUCAUCACUCCUAAACCCACCCGCCAGCACACGCCCACCACCCCUCGACCUCCCAACGCGGGACCCCAACACCUCACUCUUCCGCUACCUCUACCACCUCGGCAAAGCGUAUAUGACAUUCUACAAAGCCGGCCUCUACGCCAUAAUCAUAAACCGACGCCUCCUAUCCCAAGCCUCAUCCACCGCACCCCCUCAAAUCCCCGGGUCCACGACAUUCCCCUCACGUUCCGACAUCCUCCUCCGGUCCCGCGUCCGCCACGACCUCUCGCGCCUCCCAAUAUUCGGCCUCCUAAUGCUUAUAUGCGGAGAAUUCACACCCCUAAUCGUCAUCAUAUUCCCGCGCCUCACACCCUUAACAUGUCGAAUCCCCAAACAAACCGACGCCCUACGCCUUCAAUCUGAAACCCGCCGUGAAAAGAGUUUCCGCGCGUUAAAGUACCACGUACAAUCUACCACCUCCGCGUCGCAGAUAAACCCGGAUAUCGCGAAUGGACAUAUAUGUCGCAGUCUAGGCCUAACGACUUCGUUCUGGGAUAGGAUUGGCAUGGAUGGACCGUUCGCAACGGGAUUAGCGCGACGCGCUGUACACCGUAUCGCGGUGGAUGAUGCGAUGAUUCGCGAAGGCGGGGGUGUGGAUGUGUUAGUUGAUGAGGAAGUAGUGCUAGCAUGCGAGGAUCGGGGGAUAAAGGUGCGGGAUCUGUCAGUGGACGAUUUAAGAAAGCGCCUGGAGGUGUGGUUACAGAGGACGGCUCCUGAUAGCGAAGUCACUUCGAAGGAGGCAGCGCAGAAAGAAGCGGAGGGUAAAGUUACAAUGGCGUUACUUGAACCGGAUGAGAAGGAGUGAAGGUUAGGUGCUAACUUCACGCCUUAUAUAUGUAUAUGAUAUAGAAAGUGUACGAUACGGAUCACGUUGGAAGGGAUAAAACGGUUCAGACAAAACUUGGCUCACUAAAAAGCA